AUGUCCGACAUUAGUCUUGAGAGAAUGAUUUCAAAAGACAUAUAUUAUAGUGAUCAAGCCGAAACACCUAGCGGUGAUUCAAAUGUUUUUGUUAUUGCAGUAGCAGGAGGAAGUGCAAGUGGUAAAACAAGUGUAUGUACCCGAAUUUUUUCGGAGUUGGGAGACAAGAGAGUUGCAGUAAUCGAAACCGAUAGUUUUUAUAAAAAUCCAGUUUUAGAAGAAGGACAGACUAUUGCAGAUUAUAACUUUGACCACCCAAAUUCUGUAGACUUUGAACUUUUAUACAAUGUUUUGCGAAGUUUGAAAAACGGGGAGGGAGUGCAUAUUCCCAACUACUGUUUUAAACAACACAAAAGAUUAACAACUGGAAGGCAAGUCUCGCCAGCAUCUAUUAUUAUUGUCGAAGGAAUAUUUAUUCUUUUUCAUCCAAAGAUCAGACACCUCAUAAAUAUGUCAAUUUUUGUUGACACGGACGACGAUAUUCGCCUCAUACGCAGAAUAAGAAGAGAUACUGUUGAAAGAGGUAGACAAAUCGAUGAUAUUCUCAAUCAAUACGAAAAGAUGGUCAAACCUUCAUAUGACGAAUAUAUUUAUCCAACUAGAAGAUAUGCAGAUAUCGUCAUUCCACACUACCCAAAUGAAGUUGCAGUUGACCUUGUUGUACAACACCUUAGAAACAAACUAAAAAUGGAUGAUCUAAGGAAAAUUUAUUCUAAUUUGCACAUUAUUCCUUCUAAUUGUCAAAUACGCCAAAUGCAUUCCAUUAUAAGAAAUAAGAAUACAUCAGCAGUAGAUUUUGUGUUUUGGUCAGAUAGAUUAAUUAGACUGGUUGUAGAAAAUGCUCUUGGUCACUUGUCAUUUACUGGCCAAACAAUUGAGACACCUAUUGGAGAAUUGUACGAUGGCGUGCAAUGUAAUUACAAAGAUAAACUCUGUGCAGUAUCAAUUGUUAGAGGAGGUGAGAGCAUGGAGAUUGGUUUGUCUGCUGUUUGUAAAGAUAUUCCCAUAGGGAAAAUCCUGCUGGAGUUCCAAAAUCCAAAAACAGAACUCGAUGCACAAUUUGACAAACCUAAAAUUAUUUAUUGUAAACUACCGGAUGAUAUUGCCUCAAGGAAUGUAUUUAUUCUGGACCCCAUACUUGGGAAUGGAUUUGGUGUAUUUUCCGCAAUAAAAUAUUUAUUGUCAAAAGGAGUUUUACAGCGCAAUAUUAUUGUCCUUAGUCUUAUUGUUGCGCAUAAUGCAAUACAUAGAAUAUGUAGGGAUUUUCCAGAGGCAACUCUUAUUACAACUGAAAUUGACCGUGAUGUUAAUUCUGAUGGGUUUGUUGUCCCAGGAUUAGGUUGUUUUGCUGACAGAUACUUUGGGACCGAAUAA